AGAAAGACCAUAGAAGGUUUGUAUUAGCAAUGAGAAGUGAAGAGGUUGUGUUGUCCUUCUCCUUUCUUCUUCUUUGCCUGCCAAUAUGUUUGGGUGGAGAUACUCUAAAGGCAAACCAGAGCAUAACUCAUCACCACUCCAAUGGAAACCUUGUUUCAUCAAACGCCACAUUUGAGCUGGGCUUCUUUUCUCCUGCUGAAAAAAGUGGAGGGAAAUACCUGGGGAUUUGGUAUCACGGCUUGGAACCACAAACAGUGGUGUGGGUUGCCAACAGAGAUCAUCCUGUUCCCGAUUCCACUGGAGUUUUUCGAAUUGCGGAGGAUGGAAAUCUGGUGGUAGAAUAUGCAUUCAGAAGCCUCUGGUCUUCUGGACUUGGAGCAUCCUCGUCCUCUAACAGAACACUGCAGCUCCUAGAUUCUGGGAAUCUAGUACUAAAAGAGGAUGACUCUGAAGCGACAUACCUGUGGGAAAGCUUCAAGAACCCAACAGACACGUUUCUUCCCGGCAUGAAAAUGGACGCGACUAUGUCGUUGACUUGUUGGAAAGACUCCGCUAACCCAGCACCUGGGAACUUCACCUUCAAGCUGACUCAACAGGCUGAGAAACGGAGCUUCGUUGUGCAAUAUCAUUCAAAAAUCCACUGGGCACCUGAUGAAUUUGACACAGAAGCGGCUUCCCAGGUGGUAUUUAAUUUGUUGAACAACGACAUCUGGAGUACUAAAACGUACAAUUAUUCUAACAAAACAGUCUUCGUAUCACAACCUUACAUGUACUAUAAAUCAAGGCUUUUGAUGAAUUCUAGAGGGGAGAUAGUGUUUUUGGAGUGGGAUGAGGCAGAAUCAAAUUGGACUAAGAUAUGGUCUGGGCCAGAGAACAAGUGUGACAUACCUGAUUAUUGCGGGAGCUUCGGCCUAUGUAACAAAGAUAACUUCAUUCAGUGCAGAUGUUUGCCAGGAUUCAGUUCUAUUCAAGGUUUUCCUUCUGAUCGAGAAUCGGAGUCCCAAGGAUGUGCGAGAAAAUCAACGACGUGUACCAGUACCAACGAGGGCGUGAUGUUCCUGAACUUAACCAACAUAAAAGUGGCCGACCCAGACGAAGAGAUUAAUACUGAAACAGAAGGAAAAUGCCAAUCCAUGUGCAUCAACAUGUGUCCCCAAUCACAGUGUCAGGCCUAUUCAUUUAAUAGUACGACAUAUGGUGAUCGUGGUUCAUACUCGUGCAAUAUCUGGAAGCGGCCUUUAUCUUCUCUUGUCGAGAACUACCUGCGCGGUCAUGAUCUUUCUAUCAUGGUUAAGAAAUCAGACAUAGCACCAACUGCUAAAUCGUGUGAACCUUGCGGCACAUAUGCUAUUCCUUAUCCCCUAAGCAAUGGGUCAAACUGCGGAGACCCCAUGUACAACUACUUCAAUUGCAACAAAUCCUCCGGCAAAGUUAGUUUCACGAUGCCCGGAGGAAAAUCAUACCAAGUUACUUGGAUCGAUGAAGAUUCCAGAAUGUUUUCCAUUCAAACAAACUAUUUCAAUUCAUUCAAUUACAGUUUCAGCAGUCAAAAUAGCACUGAUUUUCCGUUUAAGGUUCAGUACAAUGAAGAUGCCGUAAUAAAAAUCAAUUGGUUACCAGCACCAGAACCCCCCUGUAGUCAGCUUACAGACUGCAUGAAUUGGCCACAUUCAACAUGCAGAGCAACAAGGGAAGGUGGAAGUAGGUGCCAUUGUGAUUCAAACUAUAAUUGGAAUAACACAUUAAUGAGCUGCACCCAAGAAGAGCAAUCAGGAAAUCACUCAACUCGACUAGAACUGAUUCUUUUAGCAACUCUUGGUUCCCUGGCUGCUGUGACAUGCAUAAUAGCAUUCGGCAUCGUGUGGAGAAAGAAAAAAUCCCUUAAACAUGAUCGAGCAAGCUCUCAAAUUCAGGAGAGCUUGUAUGAGAGUGAAAGACAUGUGAAAGGUUUGAUUGGCUUAGGAAGUUUAGAAGAAAAAGACAUCGAAGGCAUUGAAGUUCCCUUUUACACUUUUGCAAGCAUUCUCGCAGCUACAGAUAGUUUCUCGGAUUCUAACAAGCUUGGAAGAGGAGGUUAUGGACCUGUUUAUAAGGGAACGUUUCCAGGAGGUCAAGAAAUAGCUGUAAAGAGACUUUCAAGUGUUUCCACUCAAGGCCUGCAAGAAUUCAAAAAUGAGGUUAUUUUGAUUGCCAAACUUCAACAUCGGAACCUUGUUAGACUGAGGGGCUACUGCAUAAAAGGGGAUGAAAAAAUCUUACUUUAUGAAUACAUGCCAAAUAAGAGCUUGGACUCAUUUAUAUUUGGUGAGACUCCAUAUUCCUUCACACAACCUAUUCUCUAA